AUGCGAAGCAAUCAAGUGAACGGUAUUCGUUACGACACGUACCAAGACGAGUCCCAGAUGCAGGCUAUCAUGGAGCUCUUUGCCAAGGACCUCUCUGAACCCUACUCCAUCUACACCUACCGCUACUUUAUCAACAACUGGCCGCGACUCUGCGUCCUGGCAUUCGACGCCAGCUCCAACCGAAUGGUGGGCAGCAUCGUGUGCAAGUUGGACAACCACAGGGGAAGCUACCGAGGGUACAUUGCCAUGCUUGCCGUGGAGGACGGCUACCGAAAGAAGGGCAUCGGUUCGCAACUGGUGACGAGAGCCAUCAACACAAUGAAGGAGGACGGCUGCGACGAGGUCGUGCUGGAAACCGAGGUCACGAACAAGGGCUCGCUCGCCCUCUACGAGAGGCUCGGCUUCAUCAAGGACAAGCGACUCUGCCGGUACUACCUCAACGGCGUCGACGCCUUCAGACUGAAGAUCUUCUUCUUGAAGGAUCCUGUCCAGCCCUCUGAGUAG